ACGGGAGGCACCAGGAUGCGGGGGCUGGUGGCGCUGCUGGCGGCGCUGAGCUGCGCGGCCCCGGCGGGGCGGGCGGCGGCUCCCGGGGGUGCCCUCAGCUCCAACGCCAUCAAGGGACCCCCCCCGGGCGGGGCGGCCGAGGCCAGCGCCGCCCCCGCACCCCCUUUCGACGGCAGCAACAAGGCCCCGCCGGCCGCCACCCGACAGCCUUUCCCGUGCGCCGAGGACGAGGACUGCGGCCCCGAGGAGUUCUGCGGAGCCCGCGGCGGGGGAGCCCCGCUGUGCCUCGGCUGCCGGCGGCGCCGCAAGCGCUGCCUGCGCGAUGCCAUGUGCUGCCCCGGCACGACCUGCAGCAACGGUCUCUGCACGCCCCUGGAGCCGCCCCACGGAGCGGCCGAGCUGGACGAGACCGGCCCUGAGGCGCUGCCCCGACGGACGCCCGCUCCCGCCUGGCUCCCCACUGCCAAAGGCGAGGAAGGCGACUUCUGCCUGCGCUCCUCGGACUGCGCGGCCGGGCUGUGCUGCGCCCGCCACUUCUGGUCCAAGAUCUGCAAGCCGGUGCUGCGGGAGGGGCAGGUGUGUACCCGGCACCGGCGGAAAGGCACGCACGGCCUGGAGAUCUUCCAGCGCUGCCCGUGCAGCGAGGGGCUGGCGUGCCGCCCGCAGCGAGAGCCCGGCCCCGCCGACGCGUCCCGCCUGCACACCUGCCAGCCGCACUGAGCCACACCGGACCGACACACGGACCGACACACGGACACACACACGGACGCCACAGGCUCCGGCCCCGCCGGAGCGAAGGUUGUUCCUCAAGGGAACUUCUCCUCAGCGACUUCUUGCAGUACGUUACUGUGUUGUGAAUACUCCAGCUGGCACUUAGCUGUACAUAACGCCGGGACUUUGAAUGACUUCUAACGAGUUUUUAAUGAUUUUUCUUUUUGUUUUGGUUCAAACCGUGACUGUGACUUUGUACACACUGGGUUUUGUCUUUUUUCUUUUUUUUUUUUUUUUUAUUCUGGCUCGGAGGGAUGCCGCCGACUGCGUGCGAGCGAAUAAAACUUUAAAUUCACCCCGCGUCCCUGCCCGUGGGCGGGGGGAUUCAUCCCCAGCAUCCCAUGGGAAAGGCUGCUGGCUUGGCACUGUCGGCAUUGUUUUUUUAGGGAUGCCGUGGUCGCCAUUCUGCUGCUUUUUAGGAAUUCCGUGGUCGCCACCGAUGCCCUCUGGGCACCAAAGCGAGGAGAGGCAGCGCGGUCGGGGCUCUGGAUGAGCAGAAUCGCUCUCCUUGGUUUUGGGAGGGAGGAGGGAGUGAGGGAUCACCGGAGGGGCUGUGCUGGACCAACCACGGGUGCUGCCGAUCUCAACCGCUCACUCCUUGCUCCAUGCAGAAUAAAGAUUUAUUUUUCCCCCGUCA